UGGUAGUAUUCAUUGACAGCGUAGCCCGCUUCUCUGCACACUGAUACCUAAUACGUACAGGUGCUGCUGCCGAGUUGAGCGAUGGACGCGAGUACAAUAAUCAACUACCAGGUCUGCUAUGAGAAUCAGACGGGUUAUGAUCUCCUGUAUGACGGAAACAGACAUGGCUAUACUUACCCAGAUGGUGAAUGGCCAACGCUAAACGACUUUGAUCCAGAUUUCCAGACUCAUUCCCCAGAACCUCUCACGGACCCGGCAAUCCAUGAUUUCAUAAACCUCAUACUACCGACAUACACAGGUCAAAUAGAUAACGGUGAGUUUCGAAAUAUGACACAACAAUCGAAUUAUGUAGCGAUGGACUCCGAGUCGGAUACUGAUAGUGUAAUGAUACCGAAUGAGGAUUUACAAGAUCUGCCGUGUGGCAAACACGAUGAUUAUCUAGACACAGAUUCUAGUAUAGGAAGCGGACAUUUCGAUAACUACGUACCACCCCACAUCCCGUCCCCUGUCUACCAAUCCUACAACAACCAAACUCUCCCAAGCUUUGAUCAGCUCGUACAGUCAACAACGAAACACUUCCCCUCCACCACGCGACAGUGUGUAUCGGACGAUGACGACGACGAGGAGUCAGAGGCAAUUGUCAAAAAAGGAAAACGAGGUGCAAAAAACAUUUUGCUGUGGAAGUUUCUGCUGGACGAGCUAGCAGAUGCGCAACAGAAACACAUCCGAUGGAUAAGCUGCAAGGAAGGGACUUUCAGAUUCGUGGACACAGCAGAAAUCAGCAAAAUGUGGGGAGCCAAAAAGCGAAAAAAUGACAUGAACUUUGAAAAGCUUAGUCGUGGAAUUAGACAUUACUACAAAUCGGGGUUCAUGAGACGCGAGGAUGGAACAAGGCUAGUAUACAAAUUCAACUGGAAAAAAGUCCCAAAGGAAUACAGGCGGCGAUUUGCUCUCUAAGCAACACGAGAGGUUUAUUGUGUAUUUUCUACACCGUGAGACUGUUAUCGGGUCCAGAGUGGUGACAUCUUCACCUGCAAAGUCCGAUGUGCCAUCUAUGCUUAUGCUAAGCAUGGAAAGCUGAUCAACACUUUACAUCGAUUCAGGUCAGCGAACAUACAACAGGUUCCUGUAGCUUAAUCUAAAUGAAGCAUGUCACUAGUUGACGAAAGAGAAAGUCUGCAAAAAUAAUGAUAGGAACUGUUCUAAGUUGAUAUGUGCAAUAUGAGAGUGUUUUUGCAGUUGCUUUGUAUAUUAAAUGCUAACAGUAGCGUAAUGACAAUAUCGCUGGGACAAUGCAAUAAUAUGGACAGACGCUUGUGCAUGAACUGUUGCUGUUCACGGAUGAUUGUUCAAAAUUCUCCGGAACCAUCUUGGAUACCUAAGCGUUUACAGUCAUGUACUGAAAGGAACGACUGGGUAUGUGAUUUGUUUAGGGAAUGGGAGGGAGAAAUGUCUCAACAUAUCUGCUCAUACAGCCUCGCUCUGACUCUUUAAAUCACGUUGACCUUAUAUGAUCUUUAUUUACAAUAUAAAGUAUCUAGCAGUAUCUAACAGUAUUUGAUCAUUACUAGUUCUGUCUCAUAUCGAUCACAUGCGAACUAUUUUUCUCAGCGAGUUAAAAUCAUGUUCACCGCAUGCUAAAGAGUCCGGAAAAAGAGGUUUUGUAUUUGAUUCAGAUUUGUCACUGCCGUUUUAACAUUUAUGUUUGAUCUCAGAGUUGAAUAAGUGAGUAAAGAAGAUAUGCUGUUUCAUAUUGAUGAAAGUCAAUUACCUGAUUUUGUGUUGUCUUCGUAUGAACAGUGUGAUUGUUGAUUACCUUAUGUUGUCUUCGUGUAAACAUUGUAAAUGUUGAUAACCUGAUUGUAAGUUGUUAUUGUAAGUUGUCUUCGUGUAAACAGUGUAAAUGUUGAUUACCUUGUGUUGUCUUCGUGUGAACAUUGUAAAUGUUGAUUACCUUAUGUUGUCUUCGUGUAAACAUUGUAAAUGUUGAUAACCUGAUUGUAUGAUGUGUGAACAGUGCGAAUGAGAUACUUUUCAAUGUAAAUAAACACUGACGAUUGAAAAUGUGUAUUUCAUGCGAGCAACGGACAAUUAAAAACAACAUAUCGUAUAUAUGUACAGUUUGUAAUUAUGUACAUAAGUAUCUGCAUGUUUGUUAAUAUCAUUUUAUAAAGAAUUAUUUUUUUAAAUAAAUAAUAAAAGAAGAAACAUAUAAGUGAA